CUCUGAUUGGUCGAAUAACUCCAUGACAACUUCCGGUACGAUGGUGCACUCGAUUUAAAUUUCAGCAAAUCCUGUCGACCGUCCUUUCCUUUAAUUUUGAGGAAAAAAGAACCGCAUUCGAGUGGAGGAAAUGAACGAUGACACCUGCAGUUUGUUUGAAAGAGUUGCUAAAAAGAUGGGGUGGAUGGAUGAAGGAGGACUGGAUGCUGCAGAAAAGCAGUUGGUGAGUGUAAUUGGCAAAGACCGUCAUGAUGGCACAAGCGCUCAUCGAUCAUCUGCGGCUGUGAUCGACUCCAGUGAUGAUGACUUUGACCAGUUUCUUACAGAAAAGUCCACUCCUCAGGCUAAAGCUACUUCUCAAAGGCCAUUUACUUCUGCAAAGAAAGACAGUCUAAAAGCUCAAGUUGUGGGGAGCUCAGAUGACGAGGACGUUUUUGAGACUUUUCUGCAACGAAUGAAGACUCCGAAUACCAAACCCAGGAAAACAUCUGACAGUGGGAGUGAAAACAGCCUCCAACAUUUCAUAGUGGACGACUGCUCAUCAGGUGAUGACUUUAUCAAGACAAAAUCAUCUUUUAAAGUUCCUAAGAAGAGCAAUACUCCAGCAGCUCCGAAUCCAUCGAGGAAACCACUGUCUGAGUUUAACUCGCCAGUCUUCGUUAGUGACAGUGAGGAUGAGGAUGACAGUGUUGUGGUGAAGAGCAGUUGGAGGACCCGCCACUCGAAGCCCAAGCCGCCCCAAAAGGCUAACAAGAAUAAGCCUGCUCUGUGCGAUAAAGAGGACAUUUCGCCCUCUACGCCUUUGCCUUCCUUUCCCUCCGUUCCUUCUCCUUUUGCUCUUCCUCUCCACACAGCUCCAACAUCGAGCGCCACUACCAAGCGCACUCUUUCAGCCCCUUCAAAGCUGGAGGAUUCAGACAGUUCAGAGGAUGAAGAGUUCUUAUCCCUUCUGGAGAGAAUGAAAAGGAAAAACUUGUUGUCUGGGACCACAUUCUCAUCUAAGAGCACCAAAGAGUCCAGUAAGGAACCGCCUGUGACAGUUCCUCCUGUGAAGGGAUUCACGACGCCAAGCUCCAAGAAUUUAGUGGAAACUCCUCAGCAUUUGAAGAUACCAGGGAAAUCCUCUCUCUUGAAGCCUGUCGUCAGUCAGACAGAACCCAGACAUGGUCCCACCAGCAGGGUGGCCGUGUGUAAGACUCCAGGUUGUUUCUUGCAGUCGCUGACAAACCCUGCUUCCAGCUAUGGGAUAUCUUUUAAGCGGAACAAGGAAGAACUCACGAACAAACUCUACAAACUCUACAACACCAGUGUAUUUGACAGCAAGCUUCCCGUCGAUAUGUCAGUGACUUGGAAUAAGAAGAUGCGUAAAACAGCUGGCUACUGUAUUACGGGGCAGGAAAGAAAUGGAGGGAGCCGCUACGCCCGCAUUGAACUCUCAGAGAAAGUCUGUGACUCUGCAGAUCGCCUCAGGGACACAUUGGUACACGAGAUGUGUCACGCCGCAACGUGGCUGAUUAACGGUGUGAGGGACGGACACGGAAACUUCUGGAAGCUGUACGCCCGCAAAGCCACACUGGCGCAUCCUGAGCUGCCCGUUGUCACACGCUGCCACAGUUACGACAUCAAGUACAAGUUCCAGUACCAGUGCACCCGCUGUCAGAACACGAUCGGGCGUCAUUCAAAGUCCCUGGACACCCAAAGGUUUGUGUGCGCCCUCUGCACGGGUCAGCUCGUUCUGCUGACUCCCUCCAAGCCGCGUGCUCCCACGCCCUUCGCCAGCUUCGUCAAAGAAAAUUAUGGGAAUGUGCGACAAGAGCUAGCAGGACAAAGCCACGCGGAGGUGAUGCGGAAACUUAGCGCAGACUUCGCCUCAAAGACUAAGAUCAGCCAGAGCUGAGCUGGUAACUUUCGUUCGGGAAAAACUCGCUCACGGUCCGGACUACCUCGAUCGACUGGUCUUUUAUUACUGAGCAGCUGUGAUGAUUAAUAUUGAUUCUAUUUUUUUAUGUUUUGUUUGUAUAUUAUUAGAGUUGCUGUGACUGGAAAAAGCCGAGCCUUAUCAGCAAGUUCGUGUGGCCUAGUUUGUCUGCGUUCAGUGUGAUGUGCGUGUGGAUGAUGAAAGUUUAUACCACCGGUUAACCUUGACAUUUAAAACGCAGCCUUGAGUUUCUGAUGGAACUGGAAUUGUGCUGUAUCAGGGUGAACAUCUGAUGUGAUUGACAAUAUUUUUUUUUAUCUUGUUCUCAUGAUUAGUUUUGCAAAUAAAAUGUUCAUUACUUUAA